CUYAAUUGAACGCAAUUGUUGCGCAACGCAACAGAAGCAGAAACAGAAACAACAACCCGUUCGCCAGAAUAGAAUGCCUUCCUCCGAGCUCUGCUACCCGGGCUCGGGGAGACCGUCGGCGCCGGAAAGCGGGCGUUCSGGGUCUCCGAAGCGACGAUCCCGGGCGCGUCCCCCGGUGUCGUACGGAACCACGAUUUCCAACGGGGGGGUUCCCACGGUGGUGGCCCUCAAGGGCGGCGUCCGGGGGGGCCACUCGGUUGUGGCCUCGUACAAGCCGCGCAACGUGCAGCAGCAGCCCCUCGGGCUUUCUCCGGGGGACUACACGUCCUCCGGGGACGGCCGUCUCCAGGCGGGUGGCAACGGCAACAUCAACAKCAACAGCAACAGCGGCAGCCAGAGCGGUUCUAGGGGCACGGUGCACCCGGAGUUCUGGCCCAAGGGACUGACCAACGUUGGAAACACCUGCUACGCCAACGCCGCGCUCCAGUGCCUGCUCAGCACGGCCCUCACGAGCGCCCUGCUGGACCCRAAAACGAUGCCGAUCCUGCGGAGGUACUCGUCGAACCCGAACCUCCUCGCCAUGGGAAGCGGCAGCGUGGACUCCUCGGACGACGAAAACGACGACGACAGCGACGACGACGGCUGCGGCCUCAGCAUMGACAACGACAUUGACGAGGAAGAAGACGGGAUCUUUCUGGACAGCAAGGGCGUCGCGCUYUCCAAGUCCUUUUCGCCGACCCAGGGGGCUUCCAAGAGCGAUUUGGCCCGCAAAACAGAGAAAAGGGCCGCGAAAGCGAAGAAGAAAAAGAAAAGGGAGGCCAGGAAGGCCAAGGCGGAGAACGCGGCCAAGCGAAAAGAACGCGAGCAGCGGAGAAUGGAAGAAACCUGCAAGUGGCUCACGAGGGAACUCACCAGCAUCGCGCAGGAGUACACGGAAGAAUCGAGCACCUCCCUCAGGCAGUCGCCCGUCGGCGGGAGCUCGAUCGGGGGAAAGACUUCCUUUGUGGGAUGGCUGUCCUCGUCCUACAGCCAGACCCUGGGGAUCGGAGGCCAGGAAAAGCAAGACAGCCACGGGGUGGUCAAUCCGGGGAGCAUCACGAGGCAUCCGAACCGCCUUUCGCAGUGUCUGAACCCCUACCAGCAGGAAGACGCCCACGAGUUUAUGCGGGCUCUCCUGUCGAACCUCGUCAUGAACGGCCACAACCGACAGCUCUCGAGCCUCUUCGACGGCCUCCUCGAGAGUUCCGUCACCUGCCAGACCUGCGGUAGGGCGAGUCUCACGAGGGACAGGUAUAUGGACCUGAGCGUCGACAUUAACGACGUGGACAUUACCACCCUGGACGAUGCCCUGUUUGAGUUCACCAAGGACGAGUUGCUUACCGAGGACAAUGCCGUCUUUUGCCAGAGGUGCCGGAAGAAACAAUCGGUGACGAAGGGCCUCCGGUUGGCCACCGCACCCUCGAUACUGGUGGUCCACCUCAAACGCUUCGCCUUUAACGACUACGGACGGUUGGUGCGCCUCCACAAGCGCAUCGAGUUUCCGCAGCGACUCGAAAUCGGGGACUACAUGUCCAACCUGAACAAGGCACGACCGCCCGCCUACGAGCUUGUAGGGGUCUUGGUCCACCAGGGCCAGACCUGUGCCAGUGGACACUACCUUUCCUUUGUGAAAAAGAACAUGGAAUGGUUCAAGUGCAACGACAGCGAGGUGUCCAAGGUCGAGGAGAGCACCGUCAUGAUGCAACAGGCCUACAUUCUGAUGUACGAGGUGUCGGGAAUGAGAGAAAACACGUGCUUUCGACCCAAAACACUGCGCAAGGAGUCCUCGAUCAUGUCCACGAUCGAGUCCUCGGACGACGCGACCCUCCCGAGGGAAGACUUUUCCGUCUGCGGAACGCACUGGUCGGCCAGCGACAAAACCUCCAGCGGGAGGUCGGGGAGCAACAGGGAAGGACUGGGGACCUACGGCAACCCCUUUGGAACCGAUCACCCCAAGAGCAUCCGGGGCAAGCACGAAUCCACCACUGAGUCGAUCCUGCGGGUUCUGAGCGAGGCCGGAGGCCGACUCAUUUCCGACAUUUGCUGCGACAGCGGCAUGAGGGAACCCGAGGCCCACGUGCUGGAAGACCGACAUUUUCACAAGCACAGCGACGACUUUAACUUCAACAACCUGGGACACCGCCGCCACUUCAACAGCGGCAGGUACGCCCACGAGUGCGAGUCGGUCGACACACAGGAUUCCCUUAUCCGGCGGCAGGCGCUGCUCAGCGGCAGGGCGCCCAAUCCGAUCAACGUCCUGGAGGUCCAGCCCAAGCGCAAGACGAGGGGAUCCCACCGGUCCCAGACGGCACCCCGGCAGCGCGGGGAGACGCACCCCGCCUCGCGGUAUUCUUCCUUCACGCCCCGCCUCGACGCCAACGGACAACCGCCCUUUCGCAAGUUUCCCUCGAACGGGAACCUCGUGGCCCUGGACGACAGCAUGUCGAUCUCCUCGCGGAGCACGCUGACGAAGCGGAGCAAGGACUCGCUCCGGUCCCGGCGGUCCAGGGGCUCGUCCAGGCCGGGGAAAGCCGAGGACGCUUCUGCUUCUGCUUUGGGCGUCUUUCCACCGCGGAACCCCGGGAGGACGCGCCGCAAGCCCUCGCCGCGGCGGUAGGGAAGGCCCAAGGCACGCACGCACGCACCCACUCCCCCCCCCCCAACACAAGCAACGCGCACACAUACACACACACACACACACAUACGCACCACGAAACCAUUUUUUAAAAACUAUAUUAUUACAAUCAAUACAACACUACGAA